AUGGGACAAACUCAGCAUCUUGAGAAAACCGAACACGCAGAGAUUGACGUCAUUACGCUUCAGAACAUGUAUAAAAAGUUUGUGAACGAGUGCCCUAGCGGCCUUUUGUUUCUACAUGAAUUUAAGAAGUUCUUCGGCGUUGGAUCCUCCGGGGAAGCAUCGGAGUACGCAGAGAGUAUGUUUCGAGCCUUUGAUAAGAACGGGGACAACACUAUUGACUUCCUGGAGUUUGUGGCUGCUCUGAAUUUGGUGUUCAGGGGAGAUUUAGAGCACAAGCUGAGAUGGUCCUUCAAAGUGUACGACAAGGACGGCAACGGCUUUAUAGACAGAGCUGAACUCAGAGCGAUUGUUGAAAUUAUACAUCAUGUCAGGAAAGUAGGCAGGAAAGAUCCUGAGGUGUCUCCUGAUGAAAUCUGUGAAAGAAUCUUCAAAGUGGUCGACGUGGAUGACGAUGGUCAGAUUACACUGGAGGAGUUUUUAGCAGGAGCUCAGAAAGAUCCAUGGAUCCUGAACCUGUUGCGUUUAGACAUGAAUCCCUACAGUUGGGUGGUGGAACAGAGAAGGAAAAGCGCUCACUUCUGA